UGGAGGCUACAUGUAACACACGUCCUUUGUAUUUCAGGUACUCAGAGCCAUAAUCCAUAACUCCUAGCAGCCUUGAGAUCAAAAUAAAAGCAGAGUCAACGUUGGAGCUUGGGGAAAAUCAUUCCACACCAGAUUCUGUGGCCUGUCUUGGCAUGUUGUCUAAGAGGAGCAGGCGUCUGUGACAAUCAUCCUAACACCUGAUGCCAUGGUAAAUAGCAAAGAUGAACCAAGGAACUGUGUGGUGUGUGGGGACCGAGCCACCGGAUAUCAUUUCCAUGCUUUGACUUGUGAAGGCUGCAAGGGUUUUUUCAGACGAACAGUCAGCAAAAGCACUGGUCCCACCUGCCCCUUUGCUGGAAACUGUGAGGUUAACAAGGCCCAGAGGCGCCACUGCCCAGCCUGCAGGUUGCAGAAGUGUCUAAAUGCUGGGAUGAGGAAAGACAUGAUACUGUCAGCAGAAGCCCUGGCAUUGCGUCGAGCAAGGCAGGCGCAGCGGCGGGCACAGCAAACACCUAUACAACUGAGUACACCUAUACAGCUGAGUAAGGAACAGAAAGAGCUAGUCCAGAUCCUCCUGGGAGCCCACACUCGCCACAUGAGCACCAUGUUUGACCAGUUUGUGCGGUUCAGGCCUCCAGCUUACCUGUUCAUCGAUCACCGCCAGACCCUGACCUCCUUGGCCCCUGUGCUCCCUCUGCUUGCACACUUUGCAGAUAUCAACACUUUCAUGGUGCAGCAAAUCAUCAAGUUUACCAAGGAUCUACCUCUUUUCCGAUCCCUGCCCAUGGAAGACCAAAUCUCCCUUCUCAAGGGAGCCGCUUUAGAAAUAUGUCAAAUCUCACUCAAUACUACUUUCUGUCUCCAAACACAAAACUUCCUCUGUGGGCCUCUUCGCUACAGAAUGGAAGAUGGAGUCCAUGUGGGAUUCCAGGAAGAAUAUUUGGAGUUACUCUUUCAUUUCCAUGGGACACUGAAACGACUGCAACUCCAGGAGCCAGAGUAUGUACUCAUGGCUGCCAUGGCCCUCUUCUCUCCUGAUCGGCCUGGAGUUACUAAAAGAGAAGAGAUCGAUCAGCUGCAAGAGGAGAUGGCACUGACUCUGGAGAGCUACAUCAAGAAACAACAGCUAAGGCCUGGAAAUAGGUUUCUGUAUGCAAAGCUGAUGGGCCUGUUAGCAGAGCUACGGAGCCUUAACAAUGCUUACUGGUACCAAAUCCAGCGCAUCCAGGGACUGUCUGCUAUGAUGCCACUUCUCCAGGAGAUCUGUAGCUGACACCCAUGCUUGCUUCCUUCCCCAACCCACCUGGGACACACUGGACUGGAAAGCUGAAACGGAUGGGACCAUAUAUUGGAACCAGUACAAAAAGAGCUCAGUGCUUGCAAUGCAAAGACUACAGUAAUAACUGCCUCUUCAUGCAGUCAUGGGGAGAAAUUGAGGGGAGGCAAGAGGGAGGAGGAUCAUAGGAACAAAAAUGAGGAAGCACAGAAGACAGUGAAGAAGGAAGCCUCAGGGUUUAAGAGGUAAAACUUCUUCUGGGAACGGGUGGGCCCCGUUUGAUAGUGCCAAAUAUUUAGCCCUUCA